AUGCUGUGGUUUCUGGGGCUGACCUGUGUGCUCUGCAUAGGAGGGAGUGCUGUUGCAGGACAGAGAGAUGGAGAAAUUAUCAGUCAGAUUAAAAUGACUAAUCUCGUCUUGGGUGAGAUUAAAGAGCUUCUGAAGCAGCAGAUUAAGGAGAUUGUAUUCUUAAAGAACACAGUGAUGGAGUGUGAAGCCUGUGCAAUGGGGGGUAUGCAACCUCAACCCACCUGUGUGCCCAACUCCUGCCACCCUGGGGUGAGCUUUGUGGAAACACCAGAGGGUGUAAAAUGUGGACCCUGUCCUCACGGCAUGGAAGGAAACGGUACCCACUGCACUGACGUGGACGAGUGCACUGUGAAACCGUGCCACAUGGGUGUUCGCUGCAUCAACACAUCCCCAGGUUUCCGCUGCAGCUCCUGUCCUGCUGGAUACACUGGCCCGCAGGUCCAGGGCGUUGGUCUUGCCUACGCCACUGCCAACAAACAGGUAUGCAGAGAUAUUAAUGAGUGUGAUGGUCCCAACAAUGGAGGCUGCGUGGCGAACUCUGUGUGUCUGAACACCCCCGGCUCUUUCAGAUGUGGUCCCUGUAAGACAGGCUACACUGGGGAUCAGCGACAAGGCUGUAAGCCUGAGCGAGCCUGUGGCAAUGGCCAACCCAACCCCUGCCACGCCAGUGCAGAGUGCAUCGUCCAUCGAGAGGGGACCAUCGAGUGCCAGUGUGGAGUCGGAUGGGCUGGCAAUGGCUACGUGUGUGGUCCUGACACCGACAUCGAUGGUUUCCCAGAUGAAAAACUGGACUGUACUGAUAGUAACUGUAACAAGGAUAACUGUCUCACUGUUCCAAACUCUGGUCAAGAAGAUGCUGACAGUGAUGGAAUUGGAGAUGCCUGCGAUGAAGACGCAGAUGGGGAUGGGAUCUUAAAUACACAGGAUAACUGUGUGUUGGUGCCCAAUGUGGACCAGAGGAACAUCGAUGAGGAUGACUUCGGUGAUGCCUGCGACAACUGUCCUGCCAUCAAAAACAAUGACCAGAAAGACACAGACGUGGACAAAUAUGGAGAUGAGUGCGAUGAAGAUAUCGAUGGCGAUGGAAUUCCCAAUCACCUUGACAACUGCAAAAGGGUCCCAAAUGCUGACCAGAAAGAUCGAGAUGGUGACAAAGUGGGAGAUGCCUGUGACAGUUGUCCCUAUGAUCCCAACCCUGACCAGAUGGAUGCGGACAAUGAUUUGAUUGGUGACCCCUGUGACACUAACAAGGACAGUGAUGGCGAUGGUCACCAAGACUCUCGGGACAACUGCCCAGCUGUCAUCAACAGCUCUCAGUUGGAUACUGACAAAGAUGGAAAGGGAGACGAGUGUGAUGACGACGAUGACAACGAUGGGAUCCCAGACCUGCUGCCACCUGGUCCUGAUAACUGCCGUCUGAUCCCCAACCCUCUACAGGAGGACUCUGAUGGUGACGGCGUGGGUAACGUAUGUGAGAAGGAUUUCGACAAUGACACCAUAAUUGACCCAAUAGACGUCUGUCCAGAAAAUGCAGAGGUCACCCUCACUGACUUCAGGGAGUAUCAGACAGUCGUUUUAGAUCCAGAAGGAGACGCACAAAUCGAUCCUAACUGGGUGGUGCUGAACCAGGGAAGAGAGAUCGUCCAGACUAUGAACAGCGAUCCUGGAUUAGCUGUUGGUUACACGGCUUUCAGCGGAGUAGAUUUUGAAGGAACAUUUCAUGUUAAUACGGUAACGGACGACGACUAUGCAGGUUUUAUAUUUGCGUACCAGGACAGCUCCAGCUUCUAUGUGGUGAUGUGGAAGCAGGUGGAACAGAUCUACUGGCAGGCAAACCCGUUCAGAGCCGUGGCAGAACCAGGAAUCCAACUGAAGGCAGUGAAAUCAAACACAGGUCCAGGUGAAAACUUGCGGAAUGCUUUGUGGCACACGGGUGACACCACCGAUCAGGUGAAGCUCCUGUGGAAAGACGCUCGCAAUGUUGGCUGGAAAGAUAAGACCUCGUACCGCUGGUUCCUCCAGCACCGGCCUGCUGACGGCUACAUCAGAGUUCGUUUCUACGAGGGCACUCAAAUGGUAGCGGACACGGGCGUCAUCAUAGACGCGACAAUGAGAGGAGGCCGACUGGGAGUCUUCUGCUUCUCCCAGGAGAACAUUAUCUGGGCCAACCUGCGUUAUCGCUGCAACGACACUCUUCCAGAGGAUUUUGAUGCCUACAGAGCCCAGCAGGUCCAGCUGGUAGCCUGA